CGGGUCGCCUGCUAAGCUACUACAUGAAAACAUCCGUGCUACGUCAACAUUUUCCUGCAUUGUCAAAUGUCAGGCUUGCUGUGCUUUCGGCGUUUUGCCAGUAGAAUAAACGCGAGUCUGAAAGUUCAUUUGAAAGCUCAUGGUUAAUGAUUAGGUUGUGAGUUAUCUUGGCCCAAGAAAAUCACGCUAGAACCACAGCGUUUCUAAACGUACUGUACUGUCGACGUUGCUGCCACCGUGUUAUCUAUAUUGUGAGGAGGACAGUGACAGUAUCCAAUGGGCCAGGCUGUCCUCCAGCUAUGCUGCUGUAGUUGGCAUCAACCCUACAUGACUGAACCUUGUUUGCCUGUCCUACAGUACAGAUGAACAUGGACAUGCACCAUGAUCACCACGACCACGGCACCAUGGCUCCUCCCACGGGGACAGACUCCCAUGGGGAUGCAGCAGUACACAGUGCAGGAGGAAUGAUGAUGAUGAUGCAAAUGACCUUCUACUUUGGCUACACAAACGUGGAGCUGCUGUUUGCCGGUCUUGUCAUCAACACACCUGGAGAGAUGGCAGGGGCCUGCAUUGGUUGUUUCCUGCUGGCUGUGCUCUACGAGGGGCUGAAGAUCGGCAGGGAGUUCCUGUUGAGAAGGAACCAGGUCAACGUGCGCUAUAACUCCAUGCCUGUCCCAGGAGCAGAUGGUACCAUGCUCAUGGAGACCCACAAGACUGUAGGCCAGCGGAUGCUGAGUCUGUCCCACUUGCUGCAGACGGUGUUACACAUCAUCCAAGUGAUGGUCAGCUACUUCCUUAUGUUGGUCUUCAUGACCUACAACGCUUACCUGUGUAUCGCCGUGGCAGCGGGAGCCGGGGUGGGAUACUUCUUAUUCAGCUGGAAAAAGGCUGUGGUUGUUGACAUCACCGAACACUGUCACUGACACCCCCAUCUGGUCUAUUCAUCCUACCACACACGUAAAACACACACAUAUAGGCAUUCUCCUUUCAAUCAUCAUGCAUCGUUUUUUUUUUGCAUGUAUCACAUUUGGACAGUUCCCUUUGUCACACUAAAGCUUGAUGGUAAAUCUGAAUUAUGACCAUGUGCUUCCUGUCUCAAUCUCCACGUCUCUGUCAAAAGAGCUGAACGUUCACUCUUCCCCCAGUCGUGCCAUUCUCAAUCAGUAUUUUUAUUAUUGCGCAACAAUCGGUGAACGUUCAUCCUUACAGCAUCGGACCUAGGGUUUUCUGCUCAUACAGGGCAUUUGCGACAUUUACAACCACUUUCUCCUUGAAGAACAGUGUGCUGGUACAAGCAGGGAGUAGUUAUAUGAAUAGGGCCUAUAGUAUCUCCUGACCAGGGAACAAUGCUGGGCCCUAGUUGAAGCAUUCUGAAGCCAAGUCCUCUGCAUUUCAGCUGACUGUCCGAUGGGGGUCAUACAUAAUCAGUGUCUCACAACGGGAGUCAAAGGUCAUACUUGAGAUUGGCUGUAUAACUGAGCCUUAGUAAACCCUUUGCCUUAAAGGAGGAAAACAUGUGACAGCCUAGGCCAACUGUAGACAGGACCCAUAGUCUACUGAUAAGUGCCAGCACCAUUUUAAAGAAGUUUGUCCUUGUAUUGGUCAUGUGAUUAUAUGACAACCCUUAAAACCAUCAUGAUACACACUGCUAUACAAUGUUCAAUUUUGGAUAGAUUUUUUUUUUUUUUUAAACUCAGUAUUUACAAAUAACUCUUCACUUAAGAGUAGGCUUGAUCUGACCCAUACAUGUACAAUAACAAUUGGCUCUUGCACAUUUAAGAAGCCAGUGUAAAUAGAAAUAUAUGUACAUGUCAAACAAACCUACUGCUAGUAUCACCUCCAACGAAGAUAAUUUUACAUCUAAAUUCAAGUGUCUGCAUUUCUAAAUCUUCACUACCAUAAAUUGUUGCUGGCCAAAUCUUUAAUUUGCUUGUUUCAAGAAACUAAUUACUGUUGAACAGAUUACUGGGUCUAAUCUGAGCACAUAAGGAGGUCCCUAAAAAGGGUUAACUUUAUCACUUCAUGAAGUGGGAUUCCCCGCUAUAAUUUGACAGUAACUUUUGGUGUGUUUAUUCAAUAGGCUUAAAGUAGCACAUGUCAACACAACAUGGAUACUAGUGUCCUUAUUGGAGCAAGUGCUCAGGUCCCAAGGACAAGCAGAUAACUCUGGGAAAGUAGGAGGCUGGAUCCAGUGCUUUCUCAGACUGGCCUAGUAACACAUGAUUUCUGCACUACUCUGUGACCCAUCGGUGCUUAGGCCACACACUACAGACAGUACAUACUUUGACAGAAGGGUGAUUUCUAUGAAGUAGAACCUAAAAGAGAAAAUAUUUCCCUUUUAGGUAUGUCUUUUUAGUUUGUUAAUGGUUUACUUUUUUUUUUUUUAGAUAAAUGACUGUAGUAAAUGUUUAUCAGUUGCCUGAGUGACAUUGUGUUGUGCCUGGUUUGGGGAUCAAAUUCCUAGUUGCUAUAACUGGAUUUAACAGCCACGUGUUCUCAUUACAUUACAAUAAAGCCAGGGACAUUAGUAUAUACUUGAACAUAACUGUUUCUGCUUUACCAUGUGGGAUCAUGUAUAAAGAGGAUAUAUUAGUCUACUGUACAAAUGGAGUGUUGAAGUAAAUUGGCCAAAAACAAGUGGGAAUCUGACCACCACUCCAGCAUCGGUGUGAACAUGUCUGUAUAGUUUUACAUAUUUAUAGUGCUGUAAUCUUUUUAGAGAAAACAAGUAAUAAAUUGUAUCAUUCAA